UCCAAAUCUCGAAGAAUUGUUGCAAAUUUGCUGUCUGCUCGUUUCUGUUUGUUGAUAAACACAAAAUUUGGUACGAACUUGCUCAACUCUCUCUAGUCGGAUUCACUGAUUGGCAACACAUUCUUCUCAGGUCAGAUUUCAAAUUCUCCUUGUAUGUCUUUCUCUUCAUUUUCAAUUUCUUCCCUGUGAACAUUCCUUUACCCUUUGGAAAUUGAUGCUUGGUUCUAUGGCAAUAAAGCUCCAAUCUUUGGCACAUCCUAGUAGAUUCCUCAAAUGGGUAUCUCUCUCUUCAAACAGUAUUGAACAUAUUUCAGAAACCAUAGGAAUUGUAAAGCCCAAUGUUUCAUCUGAAUUCGACCAAAAUAUUAACUUUUUGAGUAAAAAGCUUGCCCCAGAUAACUUAAUCCGGGUUUUGAACCAUACUAGUGAUUUGAACUCAGCAGUGGAGAUUUUCAAAUGGGCUUCUCGCCAGAAGAGUUUUCGCCACACUGCCAAUACAUAUUUUCAGAUGAUUUUGAAACUGGGUAUUGCUGGGAAUGUUGUGGAGAUGGGCCAUUUUUGUCAGAGAAUGGUGAAGGACAGAGUCCCGGGUGCCGAAGAAGCUCUUGUGUCAUUGAUUCACUCAUUUGUCGAGCACCGUAGGGUUGAAGAAGCCAUCGCGGUGUUAGGGAGCAUGAAUUUGGGUGGUUAUAAGCCCCCACUUGAAGUUUUUAAUGCUUUAUUGGGUGCCCUUGUGGAAGGAAGUGGAGAUUUUCAAAAUGCCUUGUUUGUUUAUAAGGAGAUGGUGAAGGCAGGAAUCCUGCCCACAGUUGACACUUUGAACUAUUUGUUGGAGGUUUUGUUCGUUACCGAUCGUGUUGACUUGGCUUUGGAUCAAUUUAGAAGAAUGAACAAUAAAGGAUGUAGUCCAAAUAGUAAGACCUUUGAGAUUGUCAUAAAGGGUCUCGUCGAAAAUGGUCGAGUGGAUGAAUCUGUUUCUGUUUUAGAGCAAAUGCUCAAACUCAAUUGUCAACCAGAAUUGAGUUUUUAUACCUGCACCAUACCUCUCUUUUGCAGGGAAGAUAAAGUAGAGGAGGGAGUACGAUUGUUUAAAAUGAUGAAAGAUUCUGAUUUUGUGCCAGAUUCUUUCAUUUAUGAGGUUCUAGUUCGGUGCUUGUGCAAAAACUUGCAAUUAGAUCCCGCUGUAUCCUUGAUAAAUGAGAUAAUAGAACAUGGCAUACAUCUGAAACAUGAGGUUUUUGUGGAUAUGGUAAAUUGCUUCUGUGAAUUAGGGAAGAUAGAUGAGGCUAUAGUGUUUUUAGAAGAUAAACAAGUUCAUGAAACUGCUCCUUUCAAUGCAUUGCUUGAAGCUUGCUGCAAUGCUGGUGAAGUUCUGGUAGCAAAUGUUCUGCUUGAGAAAAUGUCUGAGAGAAACAUAGCUGAUUGUCAAUCUUGGAAUAUUCUCAUCAGGUGGCUUUGCGAGAAUGGGAAGACUAAGAAAGCAUAUAUACUUCUUGCAAGAAUGAUCAGAUCCUCAGUUAUUCUUGACCAUGAGACAUAUUCUGCUCUUGUAGUUGGCAACUGUAGAUUGAGCAGAUAUGUAGAAGCAAUGCAACUAUUUCAUCAAAUUUAUGCCAGAUGCUGGCUAUUAGAUUUUGCCUCUUAUUCUGAACUAGUUGGUGGCCUCUGUGACAUCGAACAUUGUCAAGAUGCCAUUGAAGUGUUUUACUAUAUGUCAAUGAAGAAAUGCUCUCUUCAUUCCUUAUCCUUCUACAAGUUGGUAAAAUGUGUAUGUGACUCAGGACAGGUCAACAAAGCCAUAAGAAUAUGGCAAUUAGCUUAUUAUUGUGGUAUUUCUUGCUGCAUUGCCACUUGCACUACUGUCAUGCGUGAGUUGUCUAAAUCGGGCAAGGCAAAAGAUCUGUUAGCAUUCCUCUCGCAAAUGUUAAUUAUGGGCAGCAAUCUUGACGUGGAAUCACAUUGUAUCCUUAUUAGUAGCAUGAGUAAGCAAAAUCAUGUAAAGGAAUGUGUUUUGUUGUUCAAUAUGAUGGUCAAUGAAGGUCUCAUACCUGAUCCAGACAUAUUAUUUGAUCAACUAUCAUUCAUAGCCAACCGUUCUCAGUUAUCCAUGAUUUAUAGUGCGAUUGAAAAACUUUCUGAUUGUGAAGUUUUGGAUUCAGCAAUAUAUAACUUACUGAUAACUGGCCUGUGGAAAGAGGGUAAGGAAUGUGAGGCUCAUCGAUUACUGGAUUUGAUGUUAGAAAAGGGUUGGCUUCCUGAUACAACCACUCAUAAGUUGUUGAUUGGAUCCGAUGUUAGAGGUGGAAGGAGUCAAGCAAUAUUGUUUGAUAAUUCUACGUUACAAGACUCUGUUAGCAAUAUACUUGCAGAAGGCUUUGGAGAUUCAUGAAACUUAACCAUUCCAUGAGAAGAAUCUUGAUUGCUUAACACGCUGCUUCUAUUGAUUGGUGCUCUGUCCAUCAACGAUUGUUUAUUCAGCACCUAGUAUUUUAGCAGUGAAAAUUAUUGUCAUACACCAGAUAUUCUUUCAGGGGAUGCAGCUGGCAGAUGUUAGCUUUGUCAAAUUUGUUCCCCAUCAGUGUACUUGGAACUAACCUCGUUGGUUUAUAUUUGGCAGAUGGCUUGCAUUCUCCAAUAAAUAUGAUAAAUUUACAACGCUACCAAGUGCUAUUUAAAAGAGAAUAUUUUUGGGUUGUUGCUGCCAUUUUGGUUUACUGCCUUUUACCUUAUUCAGGGUUUUGCCCCAAGCUAUAUUCUUAUUCUUUAUGCCUAGUGGAUAUUAGCUGAAGGGGAUGAGAAGAUUGCUUUCAAAUUGCUAUCAAGCUUCUGUUGUUUGUUGAUUCAAGCUUAUGUAUAUUAGCAUGUCAAGUUGACCAUUGCUCAUCGGUCACCGUACACACCUUUCAGCGAUAUAACCUAUAGGGAGAGACAUACAAGAGGGAUGUAUUGGUUCCAUUGACAACACCAUGGAUAAUAUAUAUCUUAUAGCCAACUCUGAGCUCUUUCCGGUAGCUAGUCUCGCCUCGGGUAUUCUUUCCUCCCAUCCAUCAUUCCAACAACGCAUUCAAUAGCAUAGCUAAUGGCUCACCCUAUCUUUGCAUCACAAUUGUUGGAGGAGGUUUAUCAGUCAUUGAAAGCCCUGUUGCACCUUGUCGCACCACAAGUCUUUGCCUUGCCAAACGUAGCUCAACCAUUUUUGUGAGCACCAAGAGCAGGAAUAGCUAGUAAAACUACUUUUUAAAAGGAUUACAUCUGAAACUGUAUAUGUUCUUCAUUUAUAAAAUAUGCUAUGAUUUUACUUGAUUGCA